UGAGGCGGCGCUGCACCCUGGCGCACGGUUGGCCCGUGGGAUUGGCGCAUUUAGACAAGUAUCAAUCAAUCAGCAAUCCAUGGAGGGCGCCUCGCGAGAUACAGUAAGUACUUCAGGUCAGCUGGAGGACUGGGCGGCUGGUGUUGCUGCCGACCUGAACGAGGAACGCGAGGAGAAAGCCAGGGAGCCAAGGCGACAGACGGGCGACCGCGAUGUAACUAGUCCGUCGCGUGUGCGAAAUGGUAACAACCAAAGUUCUGCGGUAGCAAAGCGCGCCCGUCAACUUCAGGAACGCGAUUCCAGCCCUGACGAUGACAACGCGGCCAAGGAUUCAGGCCCGCGACAGAAGCUUCCUCGGCCCGAGAAAAAGGAAACGUGCCCACGGUGCAACAGCUUGGACACCAAAUUUUGCUACUACAAUAAUUACAACAUAAAGCAGCCUCGGUUUUACUGCAAGACUUGCCAGCGAUACUGGACGGCGGGUGGCACACUCAGGAACAUAGCGCCUGGGUCCGGUCGCCGCAAGAGCAAGAGCAAAGCCGCUGGCAGGGAGCAGCGUAGCAGCCCUUCCCUGGCUGACCAUAUCACGGCGGCGGCAGCUGUGGCUCAUACGGGAAUGUUCGGGCUGCCCGUCAACACGCCCGCUCCGUACAGCGGCCUUAACCCAGCUCUGCUCGCGGCCGCUGAUCCGACAGGGAUUCUCACGAAUGGGUCGGCUACGAGCGCAGCUUAUGCUCAUCAGCAAUUGCUGGGCGGCCAUGGAGGUCUCGCGGGGCUGAAGUUGGCGGGCGUUUCGCAGCUACACGGGGGUCAAUGGGCUGGAGGCAAUGGCCUGACCUCCGACCUGAGCGGCAGCGCGGCUUUACGCGAACACCUGCAGGCCCACCUCGCCGGUGGCGCACCCAUGUCAUCAAGCCUGGUUGCGAAUGGCCAUCAGGGCAUGAAUGGAAUCGAUGCGCGAACCCUGCUUAAUGGUGACGAUCUGCCUGUUGCUCUGGCGCUGGCUCAGUCGCAGCUGGGAAACGGCGGGCAGCGGCCGUCACCGCCAGGUUCACCGCCACCGCAGGCGCAACAGCAGGCCUCAUCACCCCAGCAGCCAAACUCCCAGCAGUCGCAGCAGCCAUCGCCGCCGCAGGCGCCGCAGAACGGCGGCAUUUCGGACGACCCCGAUGCAGACGGCAACAUGGACGGCGCGGAGAUUGUCGUGCAAGGCCGCCGCUUACGGCGGAAGGCAGAACUGGAGAACGCCGGCAGCUCUAAUGGUUAUGUCGGCGGCGUGGGCAGCGGCGCUUCGGUUUCGGGUUCGCAGCUUGCGGGUCUCCACCUGCCUCCGAGCAUGGCCUCUCUGGCAGCGGUCAUGGGUCCGGGUGGGGGCUCUAGCAGCCUGGGAAAUAAUUUGCAUCCCCUGCUGUGUUCUCAAGAGAACGGAGGGUUGCUGGAUGGCGCCCAAAGUAGCCUGUCGCGACACAACCUGCAAAUAGCGCUGCAGCAGCAUCAAAUGGCGCAGACACAUGAUAGCCUGCAGCAGCUAAAUGGGCUUCUGCCGACCAGCUCCGUGGCGCUCCACCCGCUGCUACACGGCCUGGGCCACCAGGGCGGCAACCCGUCGGCAGCAGCGUCGAACACGGCGGCCGCGGCGGCUGUAGCAGCCCUGGACCCCUUGCAGAGGUCUGCGCUGCUGCAGCAGGCCGCUGGGCUGGGUGGUAUGGGAUGGCUCCAGGGGGGCAGCAGCAUGCUUCAAUCUAGCCUGCUGCUGCAGGUUCCGUCACAAUUUUCAUCGAUGAACGCGUCCGGGAACAGCGGUGCAGCGGACUGGCUAUCCCUGGCCGCGGCCGCGGCCGCGAAGGUGCACGCUCCUGCAGCAGCACACGGGGCCAUUGAUCACGGUACUGGAGGUGUGGUGGGCGCGGCACAGAUGCUUCAGGCGCAAGCGGCUGCUUUCGCCGCAGCCGGUGGAUGCAGCAGCGGAGUCGGCUGGCCGAGCUCUGCCUCAUUUGCAGCCUUGCCUUCUGGGGGCCCCUCAUGGUCGCUGUGGUCCUCGUACAAUGGUUCUGUGCCCAGCAGUUAUGCUGGUUACGCGUUACAGGCUGCAGCGGCAGCAUACUCGGGUGGUAGGUAAAUGCCGGGUCGGCCAGGGAAUUGCCGGGUCUUGCUGAGCGCCUGCGCAACCGCCAUGUCUAUGCAGCCCCGGCACACGAGAAGAGACAAUCCUGUGCCCAAUAGGUGCAUGCAUGACUUUUAUGUGCGAUGAGCGAGGCCAAGCCUAAUGUAUAUGUGGUGGUUUGUAUCAUCGCCGAAUGCGCGUACAUGUUUGUUUGCGCAUGUGACGUUUGGCAAUAACCAAGUGUGUGAGCAUGUGUCGGUGCCCGUCAUCUUUUCAUGUGCCAAGAGCGCAAUGCUCCGUCGCCGUUUUUCCAUGCUAGGCAAACGAGCACGGCGCUCUGUUUGACGGACCCUCGAAGAUUGCUGAGAGAGUGUGUGUGUGUGUGUGUGUGCGUAUGUGUGUGAAGAGUGAUGAUAGCAGCUUUAUUUCACGUGGCUGCGAAAGAUAAUGUCGGGUUGAGUUUCUUUCGUAUUCCGGUUUCCUGAUGCAUGAACAACUGGAUGGGAGCGCGUCGGGAUCCAUACAGCACGCUUACGACUUAUUAAUAUACUAACAUUAAAAGAGAGUAAAUGAGCGGCUUGGGUAGUUGCUACAUCGGACGAGCGCCCAGCGUGAUGGCUGCGAGAAAAUUUUGGACCAGUUUUAAUGGUGCAAUUUUGGUGGGGUUCGACCUUAGGGGUUCGACCCGGCAUGGUGGACGAAAAUGUGAGCUCGUGAUGAUCUUUGUGUGUGCGUGCAUGCUGCGUGUUCCCGAGAGUUGGACCUGGCUCCUUGCGUGCUAUGGGGGCUAGGAAUGAAAAAAGGCAGCUUUGAUUACAUGAAUGACAGAGAGCAGAGAUGUUCGUCCAUCAAUUAUUGCGGCAGUUGCAGGUGGAUUAAUUCACGACCGUUUUGUUGUAAUUGAGCUUGCCUG